AUGGCCGGAGAGAAGGAGGCGCUGGUUGCGUGCAGCGACAAGAGUUUGGGCAUUGGGAUAACGAUUUGGGACAUAGAGAAAGGGGACGUUCUUGGACACAUUCCGACAUCGGCGUCGCCGCCUCAUGGGCUCGCCUGCUUGGCGGACCAGUGUCUCGUGGCCUCUCAGAUUAGCCGGCGAGGCUCAGUCGCCGGCGGCGUCAUCUUCAUGUGGCCUUUGGACAAGCCUCAAGCAUCAGUUCGAAGCUAUCCAAUGGAGGCCAUUGGACCAGUAGCAUGCAUGAAGAAUGGCUUCUAUCUUGCUGGUGGGGCUCCUUCUGGAAAUGCAUAUGUUUGGGAGGUCUCAACCGGGAAGUUGCUUAGAACUUGGCGUGCUCAUGCUACACCAAUAACUUGCUUGAAAUUUUCUCUUGAUGAUUCAUUUCUUAUUUCUGGCUCAGAAGAUGGCACGGUCAUUGUCUGGUCUGUGAUAUGUUUGCUGGACGAGAGAGACUGCAGGAACCUGCCAUCAAUAUUCCACCAUUCAUCAGAGCAUUCAUCUGCAAUAAGCAGCCUAUUAACAACAUCAACCAGCUCAAGCUUGAUUUUUGUAUCAAGCUCCCUUGAUGGCUCAUGCAAGGUGUGGGACCUGCUUACAGGAAGCCUAUUGCAAACUUCUGCUUUUCCAUCACCAGUAACUGCAAUUGUUCUUGAUCGAGAAGAAAACAUGUUGUUCUCUGGAGCUGCAGAUGGAAGCAUUUUCUUGAAUGCAUUUGAUGCUGGACUAAUGGAGUACGUUUCUAUUGUUUCAGAGGAUGAACCGAUUGUGCUGAAGGGACACAGUGGAGCUAUAACUGCUUUGGCAUUCUGCGGGACUGGACUGGUCUCUGCAUCGGAAGAUUGGACUGCCUGCCUUUGGGAUGUUACUAAUUAUGUAAUUAUCCGCAAAUUCAACCAUCAGAAAGGUUCCAUAUCAAAUUUGGUUGUGAUCCCCCAGUCUUCACUUCAACCUAGGAUGAAUCAUCAAAGAGCCUCUAACCAUUUCCGAGUUUCUGUGCUCGAUAAGGUUUCUAAUCCAGCAGAUUCAUACAAAGAACCCCUAAUCUCCCUACCUUCAUCUUCUUUUGGCGAAGAUCGUAACAUUGCCUAUGAAUUUCCAAGCACCGGUUUACUGAAGCAGUAUAUUCUUGACUUGGAGGAAGAAGGAUCAGCAGCUUCACUACAAAUGAGGAUGGAAAAAUGUAUAGCAAGCCAAGAAGCGGCCAUAAAAAUGGCGAAAAAUGUGAUGGAGAUGAACAGGCAGUUGCAAAUACGGUUACUGGAUAUGCUAGAGUGCCGGCUAUUGCAUCCUCCAGGCGAUGGCGGUUCAGCUGCAGUUCGAAAGAAAAAGGCAAAGACAAAGAAAUCUGGCGAUGGCGGUUCAGCUGCAGCUCAAAAGAAAAAGACAGAGAAAUCUGGCGAUCAAAGCUUGCCGGAGCAAGGGGAGGGGCAGCCGGAGCCUGCAGGUUCUUAAUCUACUUACUUCUUAUAGUUACUGCAAUCUGUCUGUUCUAUAUAUGUAGCUGAGAUGAAACUGAAGUA